GCGGGGCGGCUGCGGCGGCCCCGCCGUGCCCGCCAUGGCGUGGCGGCCCCUCAGGGCGCUGCGCCGCCGCUGGGCAGCCUACAAGUACCGCUUCGUGCCCUGGCUCGCCCUCAACCUCCGCCGCCAGCGCAGGACCCUCCGAUAUGUUCCUGAAAGUUCUCAAGACAAAAUUAUCUCUGAUGAAGAUGUCUUUGAAACACUACUGAAAACAUUUAAAGCUCUGUUCCUAAAUGACUUCAGUAGACAAGCGGAUAUUUUGGCUUUACUUCCAGAAGUCAAACGUCAGUAUCUGGAAUUACUGACGUUGGAGCAGAAGUGGUCAAAAGUAACUUCAUGUAACCAUGGAAGUCAGCAGGUGUUUAGUCCUGAGGAAGUUCUGUUAAACACACUGGGAUUCACUGUUAGUAGAGACCGGAGUUCCCUCGUGUCUGCUGGAACUGGAGUCUUUGUUACCAAAGGUUUUGUGCCAAAAGGGACGGUUGUGUCAAUGUAUCCUGGUACAGUAUACAGAAAGCAUGAGCCCAUCUUUUUCCAGUCCCUUGGCAAUCCCUUUAUUUUUAGGUGCAUUGAUGGCAUCCUUAUUGAUGGGAACGAUAAAGGACUAUCAAGAUCAGUGUACAGGUCUUGCAGGAGGAGAGAUCAACUUGGCCCAUUUCAGAUGAGUGAUGAGAGCUGGCUCACUGCUUCCCCGCAAAACCCGCUGGCAGUGGGACAGUAUGUCAACAACUGCUCACAUGAAAAAGCAGCAAACGUGUGUUAUCAAGAGUUUGAUGUUCCGGGACAUUUUCCUCUAGAACUGAAACAGUACCUUCCAAACAUCGUCUACAACCACAACAUAGAGAGCCACCUGAGGUGUGUAGUUCUUGUCACUCUCAGAGACAUCCAGCAAGGAGAAGAACUUUUCUCAAAUUACUACACUAUUGUCAGAUGAAUUAAUUGAUUCAAGACUGAGGAAAUCUGUGUCAAUAAAAUAUGUACUGUGUCUGUACUUCAAGCUUCAUCAUCAUUUUUGCUCAAGGGAAGAGCUGUAGCCUCUACCAUUUGGAGAGCUAGCUGAAGGCUUGAAUUUCUCUGAAAACAGUCCACAUUCAAUGCACAGAUGAAGGUUUAACUAUUUACAUCAUUAGGUUCUCAGUUGUCUGCCGUUGUUCAUAUUACUGCUUAGUGAUGUUCAACUGUCCAUCUGGUAGCUCAUAAAAUUAAAACGUAAAUUCUAGAUAUGUCAUUAAAUGUAGUCAAUUGCACAGUUGUCUGUAACUGGCACUCAGAACAUGGCUUGUAAUGACAUCCGUCAUAGUUCACAGUAUCUGGUUCUCAUGUUCUUGGAGCUGACCCCUUUGGUAUCAGCUUCCUUUUAAAAAGUAUUCCAGUGCUGCGAGUUGUCCUACUCUUUCCCGAAGCCCGUUUUGGAACCAUGCUGGUGGCCCCUCAGCCGUGCCUGCAUGGUGCACUGUCAGACAGAGACCACCUUAGCCACAGCCUUCAGCCCUGCCUGUCCUGUGCUGGGAGGAAAGGCGGUGUGUGUCUUGAAGCCUUGUCCAGUCUUAAUUUCAGUGAUUCACUGGAAGUUUCCAGGCAUGUGGCAAC